AGCAACAAGAGCAAUGUGGAAUCGGGGAUGGAAGAAAAAAAAAGACAAUUGGGGAUAGGAGGCUGGCCUUUUACGUAAAUAUUAUGUUUUUAUAGUAAUGAAUGAAACGUAUAUCAUCGGAUGCAAGCGUUACAUUGGUUCCGCUACAGCUACAUUUGCCUGCUUCUUCUAAUCGUAUAGAUCUGGCUCUCAACAUCCUCUGCUGUCCUACCUGCAUAGACUUCACUUGGACCUAACUUCACUUGACUUUUUUUUUGUCAAGAAAGGCAUCUAAUGCAUUUCCCACCUUCACACUUCAUCGCACUGUGUCUGGUACACUUAAUUUUAUUCAAACAUUGUAAUGGCAGUGCAAGACCCUGGCAGAAUGACAGGUUUCCCCUGCAAAGAGUGUGGCAUGGUAUAUCCCAAUAUGCCUAGUCUGCUUGAGCAUAUGGACGGCCACCUUCAAGAAGAGGAGGAGCGUAAAUUUAAAUGUGAUGAAUGUGGACGUGGCUAUAGACAUGCUGGUAGCCUGGCUAACCACAAAAAGACACACGAAGUUGGUUCUUUUCAAUGUGACAUAUGUGGUAAAGAAAACUCUAAUGCUUUGUCACUGAAGAGCCACCUCCGCAGCCACACAUCACGGAAAAAGUACUCAUGUACAGAAUGUGGGAAAGGUUUUCGUCUGGCAACACAGCUGGCAACGCAUGAGAGGGCUCAUCUUACCAGGCGAGCAAAGGGCCCUUCAUAUAGAAAGCUAGAUAUGGAAGAUUCCACUGAUGAACAACUUGAUAAAAUUGAAAAUGAUCACCCUCACAAUCUUAGGAAGCGUCCAUCCAGUGUCAGGAUUUCUACAGAAAAUAGUCCCGUUAAGGACACGGCCGAGGUUUAUAAUUUGCAAGCGGAGUCCUCUGAUGAUGCAGGAAAUCGACCUUUCAGAUGUGACUUGUGUGACAAAUCAUACAUACAUCUUCGAAGCCUAAGCAAUCAUAAAAAGACUCAUCAGGUGGGGAAGUUUGAGUGCACAGUCUGUUUCAAACAGUUCAAUAACAUGGCUGCCCUCUAUAGUCACCAGAGAACCCACAAGGGAAGAAGUGGGACAGACACUGGUUCUGUGGGUGUGUCAUACACAGGCACACCACAAGGCCAAUUUUCACCUCAGAGCCAGGAUGCUCCAGUAAAUUUCUGCCACUUAUGUCAGGUACAUUUCCCCAGUGAUGAGGAAUUCCAAGAACACAUCCAAAUGCAUAACUCUUCUUCUGUGUCAUUCAGACUGCAAGAUACCUUGUCAGACAACCCUACUGUAUCAUAUGACAACAGCAUUGCGUCGCCUGAGUCCAACUUUUAUGCAUCUCCAGUCAAUAAUAUUCCUUCAGUAUCCUCAAUGGAUAAUGGCGGUUUUGAUCACUCACAGGAGCAGAUAAUAAGCAAUGGUCGUGAGUACUCGGACUGCUCCAAUAAUCAAACUCCAUCUUCCAGUAGCACUCAGGGAGAACCCCCAAUCAUUGACCCAAGCAUUCUCGAUCCUGUUCUGAUGCACACACGCAACACUGACAGUGCAACCGAAAUGGAGGAGUCUUUAACUGAUUCUGAUGAGCGUCCUUUCAAGUGUGAAACCUGUGGUAAGAGCUACCGCCACUCCGGGAGCCUCAUUAAUCACAAAAGGUCACAUCAGGUUGGCAUUUACCAGUGUUCCAUAUGCAGAAAGAAUUAUCCUCACCUAGCUGCCCUCAAAAGUCAUCUUCGUCUCCACAAAUCUCAGCCGUCAUCUUUUAGCCUCGAUGCUGAGGGGGACUGGCUCUCCACAGAGCCGUUGACUCUGGAUAACCAGCAGGCCUGCUUCUCCUCACAUGAGGUGGACAGCAUUCAGCCCAUGCUUGGUCUUGAUCAGAGGAAUGGAGUUGACCACAGCAACGUGUCGUUGUACCAUGAGCAAUUUAAUCAGGACUUUUCCCAAGAUAUGACUGUGCGUCUACCUCACAAUGAACACCUGAUGCAGAGGCACAUGUGUGCUGACUGUGGUGAGACAUUUGCCGAUAUUGCAGGGAUUAGGUCUCACAGUUGUCCCCUGCUGCAGCAGCAACACAACGCUACUAGCAGUGAAUAUGAGAGUCAUGUAAACUUCCAGGAUAGUAACAGUCACUAUUCCAUUGGUAAUCCAGAGACUAAUGUAGAUUUUCAAGGUCUAAAUGGUGGCCAUGACCAAAGUUACUUAGAUCAAAAUUUCCAUGAAAAUGUGAGCAGUUGUCCGAUAAAUGGCGGAGGAGCAGGUGAUGACACAGAAGAGGAGGAGCAGGAGGAGGAGGAGGAUGAUGAUGAUGAUGGAGAACUUUAUCAAUGCUCCAUAUGUGGAAACAGCUACACCAGCAUGAGGGCUCUCAGGAGCCAUCUUCGAGGGCACACACAGUCCCAUGGGACUCCUGCAAGCUCAGGGCCUUCAUCCAUGUCCUCGCAUGAAGAAGCGAAGGAUGAAGAGUUGGGAGAGAUGAUGAUCUGUAGUACCUGUGGGGAAAGUUUUGCUAAUAGGCAGGACUUGAUUGCCCAUCAGCUUCUUCACAACAAAGACCUGGUAGACAAUGUUAGUGAUUUACAAAUGAACCACAACAAUGUGUCUGAAGGCACGGAGGAAGCGCAGAGCAUCAUCUGUGGCAGCUGUGGAGUUUUCUGUACCAGCUAUCAUCAUCUUCAGAACCAUGGGUGCACGACUCAGAGGAAAGACGAGUCAACAAAUUGUGAAGAGGGUAUUAUGGCAAAAGACGUCGACCAGUAUGAAGAUACGAGUGGCGUUAAAGAAACAGGUGAUACUGAAGAUCGCCAGUACAAGUGUGAUCAGUGUGGUCGGUCAUACAGACACGCCGGCUCCCUCCUUAACCACAAAAAGUCCCACAAAACUGGAGUAUUCAGAUGCCUUGUUUGCCAGAAACGUUUCUACAACUUGUUGGCCUUGAAAAACCAUCAGAGGUCCCACUUUGAUAUUAAGAGGCAUACUUGCCAAGAGUGUGGGAAAGCCUUCAAAAUCCAGAAGCAGCUAUUGAACCACCUGAGGAGGCACAAGGAGAACCAGGCCAAAAUCCAGGAACUUAACAACCAGAUCCAGGCCCUCAUGCAGAUGAAUGGGACCAGGUCAGAUGGAGGAAUGCAGCCCUUAACUUCAAAUUCCAAUCAGGCUUUAACUCCUACUCGCAGCUGCAAGCAGCAACCUGAAGAAGAAAGUGCUGAAACAAACAAGACUUUAGUCAAAUCAGAAGACACCGAUGACCAACGGCCAUUUGCUUGUGAUCAGUGUGGUCGUACAUAUCGCCACGCAGGAAGUCUGGUCAACCACAGAAACUCCCAUAAGACAGGUGAAUAUUACUGUUCUGUUUGUAACAACUCUUACUCCAAUAAGCUCGCAAUGAAAAACCACAUGCGCACCCACUUUGCAUAUAAAAAACACUUGUGCCAAAAGUGUGGAAAAGGCUUUAGGGGGAAGAAGCAGCUAUUAGCUCACGUCUGUUCAACCCUCAGAAAGGAUGGGGCCAGAGGAAGGAGAGGACUAAGAUCUAAAGCCCUUAAGUGUAAGGAAUGUAAAAAGGGCUUUAUAUCUAUGAGCCAACUGACAACCCACACGUGCAUUAGACCUUCAGGUGGAAGUGACACCCAAACAAACGUGUCUCAAAACAAAGAGGAGCGUCCUUUCAAAUGCAACAUCUGCAAUCGCAGCUACCGCCACGCCGGCUCACUCCUGAACCACAAAAACACCCACAAGACAGGACACUUCAGUUGUACCUUCUGCUCUAAACCAUUCACCAACCCCAUGGCUCUACGCAAUCACACACGCAUCCACACGCAGAAGAAAAAGUUUGUGUGUCUCACUUGUGGAAAGGCCUUCCGCCUCGCCAGUAUCCUGCACAACCACCAGAGGGUCCACAACCGGGUGGCAAGUCACUUCAGCUGCCCUGCCUGUGGAAAGUGUUUCCAGGGGCGGUCUGGUCUGAAGAGGCAUCGCUGCCACAGAGGUCGGGGAAGCUCGACAAGAACUGGAGUCCAGCAAACGGAGAGAGGAGACAAGUGCUUUAUGUGUGACCUGUGUGGGCGCUCCUACCGUCACGCUGGCUCCCUACUCAACCAUAAAAAGACACACUCCGAAAACCUCCACCACUGUACCUUGUGUCUCCAGACAUUUCCAGACUCUCUUGCUCUACAGAUCCACUCUCAGAUGAAGCGCCAUUGCUGCCCCGAGUGCGGCAAGACCUUCUGUCUGGUGGCACACCUGCAGAGUCAUAUGGAGGUGCACUCAAAAGACCAAGCUGUAGAGUGCAGCCUCUGUCAGCAAAGCUUUCCCAACUCAGACAGUUACCAGCAGCACCACGAGAUGCACCACGGCGAGCAGGCCCCCUAUGAAGAGGAGGUGGAAGAACCCACAGAUGAUAAAUUCAACUGGGACUCAGGAAUAAAUCAGAACAUGGGCAUGGACGGUGUGCACAAACAGGUUCCACCGCCUCUGUCUCAUAUUCCAGGAAACGUCACCGACCCACAGAAAGGUAACGACGCCGAGGAGAAGAGCCACGUCUGUGAGCACUGCGGCCGCACGUACCGCCACGCCGGCUCCCUGCUCAACCACAAGAACAGCCACAAGACGGGCUCCUUCUUCUGCUCCAUCUGCCAGAAAGAGUUCACCAACCUGAUGGCCCUCAAGAACCACCGCCGCAUCCACACGGAGCCCAAGCGCUACCAGUGCUUAGAGUGUGGGAAGGCGUUCCGCGUGUCCACUCAGCUCAUAUGUCACCGGAGGAUCCACACCAAAGAGAAGCCCUUCGCCUGCCUGCUGUGCGACAAGAGCUUUUCCAGCAAGUCCAACCUGCGGCACCAUCAGAAGCUGCACCAGAACACGCAGACGUACGACUCCUGUCUUAGCUUGGACGCUGACACGUUUAUGGACCUGGACAUGGGCUCUUUCCUUUAAAGUAGUAUUCUGUUAUUUACAGUAUCUGACUAUCUGUAAUUGUAAAACAGUAGUGUUUUCCCCCCGUUUCCACUACUGACUUACACUCUUACCUCCACAACAGUUUAUUGGUCAUCUUUUAAUAAGGUUUGAAGUUUUUCCCCGGAGUAUAGGGCAGGUGAUGAAUAUGAACACGGCUCAUUCUUUGAUGACAAAAACAACAACAACCAAAGUGAGCGGAGAAGUGCAGCCCGAGUCCAUGUAAGAGUAUUAACACUGAUUAACAUGUUUCUGUAAGACUACGGUUCUAACAAUGAUCUCUUAUCUCUAGCUAUGUAUAAUUAUGUCCAUCGCCUCUGUAAGUUCCUUAUUAGAACAAAAUUAUACAAACUAUAUUUAUCUUUCUUUUGCUUUGCAGAUGUGACUUUCGAAGGAAAGUUAUUAAGUCAAAAAACCUCUGGGUGUGACCUAAGGUCAGUGGCAAAGUGAUUUUCUGAAAUUAUAUUACUACGUAAAUAGUCAUACUGCCUAAUGAUAUUCACCUAGAGUGACGUUGUAUGCUAAGAAAAAAAAAAUGUAUUUAUUAAUUUAUUCCUGUUAUUUUUAUGUCCAUAUUUUAAUAGAAGCCCUUUUUAUGAAUGUUGUACAAAGAAACGAUCUUAUUAGAAUCCCGCGUAGUGUGUGAGGGACUUCCAUCAGUCGAUUUCUAACUCGGUAGUUUGCGACAGGCAGGGAUGAAUGAGCCAAGGAUGGCGCGCGUCAUUGGCGCCGCUCAGGGUCAACCUUCAAAAGGAACAUACCUGAUGUGUAAAACAUGGUUUCCUUUUCUUUGUUUUAGUUGUGCCAUAUAAUUGACAUAUAGUCACUGCUGCACAUGCAGUGCGUGCGUCAGUUAUGUAGACAAGCCAGUGCCUAAACUGUAAACUGACUGUAGCAUUUCAAUGUAAACAAACCUCCUCCUCUUCUUACUGUACCUGUUAUACUGUAAAACACCAUGGUCGGUCGUUUCUUUUUUUUUUUGCUUUUGUUCUGAACAUUUUCAGUCACAAACGUUUAAAAAUAUAUCCAGCAGUUCACAACAAAAA